GGAUCUUGAAGUAAGGGAGACAGGCUGCAGGUGCAUCAGUGGAGGAGGACGCAGCAUAAGCUGUGGAAGUGCAUAACCUCAGACUGAAAAAAAAGUGAUGACUUCUGUGAAUUUAAUGUAUACUAUGCUCCUGAGCUGCAGGAACAGCCUCCACUAAGCUUUUUAUUCUUUGUUAUGGCUCUUUUUUUUGUUUCUUGUGCCUUGUUAAUGACUGCCUCAACAUUGACAUGACCUCAUCAAGUCAAGCCUGCUUAAAAAGCAUGGAAAAUGAUGGCUUCUGAUUUGGGCAAUCUGUCGGGGAGGGAAGAGGUGGGGGUCUGAUCAAGGUUCCCUGCAGUGAGCGGCUGACCAUGCAGCCCAGUCAGGAGCAGAGAAAGGCUACUACCGUGAAGCCCACAAUCUAAUUUAAAUGGAUUUAGAAGUUAAAGGAGUUUCUGCAUCCUCUAGAGGGCAAGCUCAGCUGUCAUCAAGGGGGAAGAAACUUAGCCAAGGAUGGAGACCAAAUACACGAGCAGCUCGUCCACCUGAGGUACCAUGUCUCGACUUGGGGAGACUGGGAGAUUCUGAUGAAGAGGAUGGAGACACUUAUAUACCAUACAGCAAGGGGUAUCCUUGUAAAGGCUCUACAGAUUCAUCUUCAACUGUUAGUUGGGGAUCACCAUUACAAACUCCUUAUGCACAGCACUUCCGGACUCAACAGAUGCCUGGUAAACCUUGUCAGAAGAAAAUGGAGCAUUCCUUUUGGGAGCAAAAGACAAUACCAGAAAAUCUGCCAUCCCCAGCAGACAAAUACAAACUAAAAUACCAGCAGUAUGAAGCAGAAAUGAAAGAGGGAUAUAAACAGUAUUCUCAGAGAACUACAGAAAAAAGAAAAGACAAUGGUCAGUCUCAGGAGUGUUCACAGAGGAUAGCUAACAAAGAGGAUCCACAACCAGAAGACAGGUUUGGUGAAGAUCUUACAGCUCUUGAUGAGAAAGCCCUCUUACAGCAGUGCUAUACAAGCAAUCCAUAUAAUAUACAGCACAGCAUAAAGAAGUUAGAAGCUGAUGAUACAGCUGCAGAAAGAAGAAAGCAAACUGUAGUAGAGCAAGUAAUGGUGGAUCAGUUAUCUAGGGCAGUAAUAAGUGACCCAGAGCAAAACACAGGUAAUGAUACUUACCAGAGAGACCUUAUGCUUCCAGCACUUGGGACAGCACCAUUGCGGUUUAGAAAAAGAACAUUACAUGAAACAAGAAUAAGGACCAGAUCAGCAUUAACUGAAAAUAUGCUUUCUAACAAAUUACGCUUUGAUUGUAGAAUUCUCUCAAGGAAUGGGCGUGAUGCCUGUAGAGAGCUGAUUGGAUUCUUUUUUACAUGUGAUGGAUCUCUUACUGUUUAUGAAUAUCGACAGUUUGGCAAAAACAGAGUAAAUGCCUUACCUUUCAUUCAGAAGGGAGUUUAUAGUCAUCAGCGCAGUCAAAAAAAAGGAAAGCUCUAUGAUCUUAGCGACUUUUAUAUUGGUGCUAACCUGACUUUUUGGAGUCUUGAUCACAGCCUUCCAGAAAGUAUGAAACAAAACCCAGUGCUUACCCUUCGUGUCACUAAUAUUGAUGAAACAUCUGUGAAUUUUUUGAAAGAGACUUCUGUGGGAAGUAAGCAAGAGACCAAUGUCAACAAAGUUUUCUGGACUGUUCAAGGUAUUCUCAGAAACAAAUUAAGUAAAAGAGGAGUUCGUAUUGUAACAGGAUUAGGAAAGUACUUCAGACAGCUGGACAAGAAAGGAAAUGGAGUCCUUUCUAAGGCGGAUUUUAAACAAGCUUUAAAAAUAUUUCAUUUAGAAGUGUCUGAACAGGACUUUGAGUCUUUGUGGUUUAUUCUUGAUGACAACAGAAACGAUGAAGUUGAUUAUGGGGAGUUCACCCAUGCGCUCUUUGGGGAAAUGAAUGAGUAUCGAAAAGCAUUCGUCAGAAAAGCAUAUAUGAAACUAGAUUUCAACAAGACUGGCAGUGUGCCUUUGGUAGAUAUUAGAAAAUGUUAUUGCGCCAAGAAACAUCCUCGAGUAUUGUCAGACUUCCCCAUUUCUCUCUUGCAGUCUCACACAAAAGCAGCUCUGAAGCAGCCUCCUCCAGAACCUCUGUAAACUGCCAGGUUUUCUGAUGAUCAGAUGUGUUGGUAAUGUUAAUACUUAGAGCAGAAGAUUUUAUUUGGCUUCUGUUUAAUCUUAGUGACCAGAAAAGUGAGUGAUCAGUCUCACAACCAACGCUAUGGUAGCUACAAGUAAGGAGGACAUUAUUGAGAUUGGACUGCCUAGUGAUGAUGAGGUCCAGCUGGUGCCAGUGGCCAGACCUUGGGUGCCUCCAUACCUUAUGGCAUGGCUUUGUUUGAAAGAAUGAGUUGGCACAAGCUAUGAUAGAAGCAGAACUCCAACCACCUUUGUCCAUUACCAUUCAUGCUUCCCAUGUUAUGUGAGCCCAGGCAAAUUGCCCAGGAUUUGGUGUCAGCACUAACUCUGGCACUGAAGUCCCUUAGGAGACAUAAGGUUUCAGUGUUUGGAACCUUGCCAGUAAUGCUAGCCACUUCUUCAUAAAACUUGUCUUUAACCUCAGAGUAAAGUGUUGGAGCAUAGGCACCCACUAAGAUAACUGUGCCAGGAUCAUCUCAGAACUAUUCAAUGGAUUCUUGAUCACUUUGAGAAGAUUGUUACUAGCAGCAAAGCCUAUGCCAUGUUCAUGUACAUCUUGGGGAACUUUCCAUUGCCAGAAGAAUGUGUAGUAUGUUUCUUUUAAGGAGUCAUCUGAGGCCAGGUGUAUUUCUUGCAGUGCUGCAAAGCCAAUGUUCAACCUAUUUAAUUCCAUAUCACAGCUGUCUUACGAGCAUCAGAGAUAUUCACAAGAUUGUCAGUCAGGCGAGGACACAUGGUCUUGACAUUUCAUGUUGAAAUGCAGAGUAUUGAUUUUCUCUUUUUAUUUUUGUCUGGUGCAGUGAUGGAGCCUGCUUCUCUGUGAAGCUGAAGUGAUCUCUCCAGGGUGUAAAUGCUUGGACAGUGUAUAUGGAGACACUGGGUUGUCUGCACACCCAAUACAAAAUAUAGGUGUACUAAAUGCUGUACCAAAGCAUAGUUUUAAAUAGUUUAAAUAGGUAAAACAUAGUUUUAAAUAAUGUAGGUUAUUUUAUUAUAUGUAAAUAGGUCUGUCCUUAUUAGUUGGUUAAUAAAUACGAUAUACUCAUCUAA